AUGGCUGAAACAAACCAAAUUGCAAUUCCAGUUGUUGAACCUGAAGGUUCUGUUGAAACUGUGAAUGAAAAUGCUGUGGAUAAUCUAAUUGUCAACCCAUCUAAAGAUGUCAUUGUUACACCCCCAAACCAAAAAAAAAUGCCAGUUGUUGAACCAUCAGAUACUGUUGAAACUGUGAAUGAAAAUGCAGUUGACAAUCCAGUGGUGAAUCCAUCUGAAGAUGUCAUUGCUACACCACCAAAUGAUGUUGGUGCUACAGGUAUUCCCAUACUUGCUGCACAAAGAUACAUCGUUGACACCAAUGGAUUGAUUGAUACAAAAACAACCAUUUCACCAUAG